AAGAUCAAACUAAUAGAAUAUCAUGCCAUCAAUCCCAAGAACAAAAUACCUUAAAUUGGUAAAGAGGGAAAUGUGGCAGCUCGGUCUUCUCAAUCUCAGCUUCAGCUCCAUUUUGUUGGGACAUUUUCCCCUUUGUCUCUCUCUCUAAGAACCCACAAAACCCCUUGAAAUUACAGAGAAUGUGUGUAAUUUUCAGGAGAGAGAGAGAGAGAAAGAGGGUUCUGGAAUAAAAAUCAAAGGGGGAAGGAGGAAGAAAAGUGCGAGUGGUUCUACGGAGGUUGUAAUGGGUUCAAUUCAGGACGCCAUGGAUGGCGGUGAAGUUCAUGGCGGCGAAUCCGAUUACGUUGAUAUGAACACCAACAACAACCCCAUUAAUGGCGGUGAGCCUUCGACAUCCCAUUUGUCGGAGACCCAUCAAGAGCAAAACCUAGACGAGCCUGACGAACAAGAUGAACAGGAUGAACAGGAUGGGACUGAGGCUGCUUUUGAUGCUCAGAGAACCAAUCUCGAUGAUGGAUUCUAUGAAAUUGAAGCCAUUCGUCGAAAAAGGGUUCGCAAGGGUCAGCUUCAGUAUUUGAUCAAAUGGCGUGGCUGGCCGGAGACGGCUAAUACUUGGGAGCCAUUGGAGAAUCUCCAUACGUGCUCCGAGUUCAUCGAGGCAUUCGAACAGAGUUUAAUUUCGGGAAAGCAGCGGAAGCGGAAGCGAAAACAUGGGGUUGUUCAUGUUCAAACCAAGAAGAGGCAGCAGCGAGCUAAUUUUUCUACUUAUAAUGUCACAGAUGUUGAAAUCAGUGUUGUUGAUCAACGUCUGCCCUCUGCUCCUAUAAACAUGCCUAGCCUGACUAAUCCUUAUGCUCGUUCGCGAUCGAUCGUUUAUAAUCAUGAAGGAGAAAAGAACGGAGAUGUAACUAGAGGCAGGCUAGCUGAUAUUGAUAAUGCGGGCAGGAAUGCUACGCAACGAUUUGAACAGAAGAAAGCUGAACACGAGUACGAUCCGAAGCUCAGUGAGCUUAAGGCAACAGUAUUAACCAACAUAGCCAUUGGUGAUAAGCUUGCAAUCGAUUUUCACGAUGCCAGGACAACAGAGAACAACGUCCCUGCUGCUGGUCUCUCUAAAACUGGCUCUGUAGAACUAGUUACUGAAAAUCGGUGCACCGGGGCCAAGAGAAGGAAAUCUGGUUCGGUUAAAAGGUUUAGACAAGAUUCAACUUUAUCUGAAUUGCCUGUGGUUCAAAAUCCAGAAUUGAUACUAGCUGUAGUAGAAUCUGGUGUCGGAGUGGAACCGAUAGGGGUUGAGAAUUCUGGAUAUCAUGGAGAAAGGUUAAGUCGGAAUAACAGAACCGAUGAAGCCAGAAACGAACCGAGUAUCAUCAAGAUUGUUAAACCAUUAGGCUAUUCAGCAUCUGUGUCAAACAACAUUCAGGAUGUGUUGGUAACUUUUGUGGCCAUGAGGUCUGAUGGAACAGAAGUGAUGGUUGAUAACAAGUUCCUCAAGGCUAACAAUCCUCUACUGUUGAUCAACUUCUACGAGCAACAUCUCCACUAUACUACCAGAUCAUGAACUCAGAGAUAUGAACAGUAUGACGUAUCGGGAUCCUCGUUUGGUUGAUUAUUUGGGGCUUGAGAUCAAGCGGUAAGGAGAUAGUUAAGCAAGGUCUGCAAAUAUUUAGCCAUGACAGUAUCUUUCCAUCUACCUCAAGCUCAGCAGAACAGAGAUUAGAAGUUAGAGGCUUACAUAAUUUCUGCUAAUUAUGAAAUUAAUGUAUUGUAUGUAGCCGUCUUGUUGUAGGUUUUGUACAUAUUACCUUUCUUUGUUAAUCUCCUAGCAAUCGAUGCACUUGUUCAGCAAAGAAUAGAAUUGGUUAAUCUUUGGAGGGUCCUUGGAGAGUAGUCAAUACAAUGGGUUAUGUGGAUUGAACGUUUGAGAUCGAUAUGAUCAUACGUUUUCUUGAGGGUUUCUUUUUUCAUUUGUUCUAGUAUGUUCGAGGACAUCGUGCCAAAAGUUUACUCGAAAAACUGCUAAUUUUAGCUUCCAAGCAA